GAGAGAGAGAGAGAGUGAGAGAGGAACAGAGCUCCGAAAGAAAGAAAGACAUCGCCCGCGACGGCGAGAGGAGAGAGUGCAAUCGAGUUCACCAGGAAGCGGCGGCGUCCGGAGAGGAGAGGAGAGGAGGGGCCGAGCACCGACCAUGUCGUGCCUUGGCCGGGCGGCGGUGCCGGUGAAGCGGGUGUGGCUCGGCCUCACCGCCCGCCUCGGCCUCCGGCGAACCACCGGACUGGGCAAGCUGCGGAACGAGGUGCGGACGUGCGAGUACAGCGACGUGCACGUCAUGUGGGAGAUGCUCCGCACCAUGGACGCCGCGCCGCCGCGGCACGGCGGCGUCCCCGGCGGCAGGAGGACGACGAGCGGGAGGAGGGGCCCCGCCGCCGCCGCGUGGAGCCGCCUGGUCUCCUUCUGCUGCGCUUUCUGAGCUCUGUUCAUCCGAUUCAGAGACUGAUGGUGGUGACGAUGAUGAUGAUCCAUCUGAUGCAGUUUUUGUGUUCUUGAUCAACCGCGACGUCCCAGGCUGCGUUUGAAUUUUGAAACGGAGGAAUCUGCAGGAAUUUCACGCGAAAUCCGUUCAGUUCAAUUUGAAUUCAAUUCUCUUAGAGAAGGGGAUGAAAUUAUUUGGAUUCGAAAGCGGGUAGUGGACCGUAGCAAGAGGUUCUAUGCGUUUCGCUUGUGUUCAUGAGUUGGUAUACAUAUGCUCCUCUGCUUUUUCAUUCUUGUACAUUACUACGAAUACUAUGCUGCUGAAUGUACAGACACAAUUUUGUUC